AUGGGUUCUACCACGAGCCGAUCGGCGCCGGUGACGCUCUCCGUGCCGGUCCGCGGGUACUCCAAGCUGCUGCGAUCACCUGACCGGCUGACUGUGGACAACCUCUUCUUCUGUGACCUCUUGUGGGACAUACACGUGAAGUCGAUGGAUUUCGACGAGAACGGCCUAGCGGACACAUUGAUCGUCUCGGUCGUCAUCAACUUCAUGCUGCAUGGCUUCAAAUCGUAUGCCGGCACCCACAUCACCCUUGAAAUCCUCGACGAGACCGGAGAGCACACCGUCUUCCACAAGGAGAGCAGCCGGGACACGAUAGGUAAACAAACCAAGGGUAGCUUUAUCCUGUGCGUGAGGAGGAGGGAGCUGGAGGCAUCCUCGUGCGUGUCUGCCAGCUACGACAAAUUCACCGUCAGAUGCACUCUGAAGAAGAUGCAGCAGGCAACAAAGCGGCGGUGCCUCUUUGGAAGCUUGCGCAAAUCCAACGCCGUAUUGGAGCCGCCGAAGGUCGCCAUGGUUGGCUCCCACACGCUCACCGUGCGCAGCGUCUCCGAGCUCAGUGCGACGCUGAGGAACGGGGAGUGCAUCUACUCCACGCACUUCGCUGUUGGCGGGAGCACAUGGUACCUCAAAUUCUGCCCAAGAUGGGGCAUCCUGUGGCUCGUCUUCGCAAGCAAGGGGGACGAGAUGACACCGACAACGGCGGAGUUCAGCUUCGAGUUCGAGGGGCUGGUGAACUUGGAGUCCCAGAAGACGAGGCACACGUUUGACCGUGACAACGAUGACUUCUACUACCAUCUGAAGUACACCGGAACAUCGCCCACGCAGGACGACCGCCUCGUUGUUCGCUGCUGCCUCGCCGUUGUCACGCCGGAGGAAGUUCGGACCACCAUCCCAACGUGCAGCACCGAAUCAGUGCUAACUCCACUGCUCAGCGCCAUGCAUUGCUAG